GGAGCCUGUACGCUGAAACACACACCCUUCACACAAUAACAUUUGUGGGAGGUUCUGAAAAGCCUCCAAGCAGCUACACCCCAUUAGAUCGAUUUGUAUCUAACCAGCUUCGCUUUCAUCACGUUAAACCUCUCAGAUUAAGCAAUGAGACUACAAAUAGCACUAUCACUCAUCUGCGUGCUUUUUCCAAAAGCGCUGACACUGAAGUGUUAUCAGUAUAAACCAGGGCUGCCUGGAACAUGCACAACCACCCAGACGGACUGUCCAGAUCAGUGUACCACUGGGACCAUUGUUGUGAACACUGGUGGUCAACAACAAGAGAUGAGUAAGAAAACCUGUGCAGUAGCAGCAGAGUGUGUCACUGGGAGCGUCAACCUGGGAGUUCUGAAAACAUCUGUCAACUUAAAAUGCUGCAGCACUGACCUCUGCAACAGCCAGAAAGUGGAAGCUUUGCCCCAAGGGUCUCCGAAUGACAAUAAGUGUUACACCUGUGUUGCCGAUGACUGCACAGGAACUGUGAGCUGUGAGGGAGAUGAAGAUCACUGCAUCAGCACCACAGUAACCGCUGGUGAUACUAAAAAGAUGAUGAAAGGCUGUGCGAGCAGGAGUCUCUGUACUGCUGGUGUAUCAACGCUGCAGGCAGCUGGAGUCACUGGAAGUUUGAGCUGCUGUGAGGGGAACCUGUGUAACAGUGCUGAGGGGGUUAAGCUGAGUCUCCUCAUCAUGCUGGUUCCUCUGAUCUCCUCCAUCCUCUUCAUCUGAACUCUCCAGGCACUGUUUAUACAUUUUUUUUCUAUAUUUUGACACUAGCAGAGGUGUACAUGUUACAAUAUGACUAAAUGGAGAGUCUGAAGGUUCUUUAUAAUGAUCUCUGUAAGCAAAAUAACUUGUAUUAACUCGUAUAUGUGGACAGUGAGUGAUGCAGUCUGUUAUUAAUGAAUGAAUGAAUGAAUUCAAACUGUGGCCACAAAAUGAAAAAAUAAAAUAAAAUAAAUAAAUAAAUAAAAAAAAAAUAACAAUGAAGUACCGAGAGCUUCGAAAUGUUAUGAUCUGUUAUGAUCUAUUUAAACACAAGGCAUUCAUUGUGAUAAUAAUAAGUUAAAUAUAUACAAAAUCAUCAUUUAAAGGUUACUCUUCCUUUGUAGGUGUCUGUCCCAAACUGUAACCCCUAAAUUUACACUUAUGAAAAUAAUACUUAUAUUUUUUGUACUUUUUAAUCAUUUUUUAUUUAUUUAUUUUUUUAAAUUGAAUUUGAAAGAUGUAGAUUUAACAGAAGUUUAAUUUUUAAGUUAGGGUUAACUAAAAAAAAAAAGUCAUGUCAUUACCGAAAGCAGAGCCUUAUUGUAGCCACACCCCCAAAUUUUAGCUCAGGAACUGAAACUGCAUCCCUGUCCCUCAUGGCCACAUGGUGAGCAGUUAGAUUCCAUUAUUUUGAAGUAAAUGUGUCCCAAAGUGUGGAAUGUUAACUAUUGUCAUUACCGAAACGCACAUUUUCUGCAAUUAAGUAAACUUGUGUGUAAAAAUGUGAUGUUUUUAUGUGUGUACAACUGUUAAAAGCUGUGUUUGUUAGUCACGUACUAGAUAGCGUUUUUAAGUUCUGCUCAAAACUACUGAAACAGUCGCUACUAAAACAUCUGGUAAAGUUUUGGUGUUAUGAUUGUUUUGGUAGUGACAGAACGGAAUGUUCAGUCAUUCAUUUGUAUAGAAUAAAUAUAAUUAUGGUAUCGAGUUACUCAAAGAAAAAGGAUUUUAGUCUAAAGUCAGUUAAAGUCUAAAAUGUUUUGAACUCUGAACCAAUUCGGGAGAACAGUCCACUCUGCAGUUAACAAAUGAACACAUUUAUCAAUAUAUUAAAUGACUAUUAAAUGAUUAAAAAACAGACAAAAUCAAAUGAUCUGGCAGGGAAAUGUCCACAGAUCUUUUUGCUAAGUAGACCAUGAAGACAGCUAAAAACAACGUAAAGGAUGUUUAAGUCACUCUUAAGUCACUCUGUUGAAGUCACUCUGGGGUUGGUUGGCACAGUAUUCAUUGCUGGUUCAGCAGGGGGAACUCAACGUGAUUUGAUUCGGACUCAAAGUGUCCAGGUCCCGGCCUCGCCUAUAGUGGUCUUGACUGCAACGUUAAAUGGCAGUUUAAUUGACCCCACUUAUCAACUAAAUUCAGUUAUUUGGUCGAUUGACUCACUAAGUUUACUUUUCAUACAGGGCCAGUUGGUCACAGGGAUCAGUUUUGCUUUUCUUCAGUGAAUGAAACGAUCAUUUAAAAACAGUAUUUUGAUUUUGCUCGUUAUCUUUGUCUUAUUUUAAGUUUUGACCUGAAACAAUUGCCGUGUGCCAAAUAUGCAAAAAUAGAAGGAAAUAUGAGGGAGCAAAUACUUUUUCACAGCCCUAUGUGUGACUUAUGGCAGUCAUGGACUAAAUUCUCAUUGUCGUCUUCUCUAGAUAACCUCUGACAGGCAUUAAUCUAAACAUUUCAGCUCUUCAGUCAAUGUAUGUGAUAUUUUUUCCAUCAUUCAUUAUCGAAUAUAUACAGUGCAAAAAUGGCUCGUCGGAACAACCAAAGAAACGACUUCAUGUGGUAACAAGUAAAUUAUCUAGUCUAUUCAACCCGAAUAAACACUCUGAAUCAACGAUUCUUUCAAUCAGUGUAAUCUUUUGAGUUGAAUAAAAGUUGCUUGUUUAAGUAGAUUUGAUGAGCCAUUUUUGCAGUGUACAUAAUUAGUCUUCUUGCUUGUUUUUUUUGUUGUUGUUUUUUUUUUACUGUUUUACUGUUUGACUGUAUUACUAUCCAGUGUUGACUCGAGGAGGUGGUCUCUCAAAGUUUCUUUUUCUUGCUCCUACACUGUAAAAAGUCGUCAGAUCUACUUAAAAAUGACUUCAUGUGGUAACAAGCAAUUCAACUAGUUUUAUUCAACCGAAAAAUUACUUUCGUUCAUUCGUUCAUUCAAAAUCUUUAUUUAGGUUGAGUAAAACUAGUUUAUUUACUUGUUACCACAUUUUAAGUAGAUUUGACGAGUCACUUUUUACAGCAGGGAGUUUUUCUUUUUACUUCUGCCUUUGUCUUGUUCAUGUUUGGGUUGAGCCUAGAUUUAAGUAAACAGCUGUUGUAAAAACCACCAUACAAAUCAAUUUGAAUUUGAAUUUGAAUUAGAGUGUAUUGCAGCUUUAAGUCAAUAAAGAGAAUUAUUAUAUGUCAA